ACCUUGACACCUGCAGCCGCUGUUCGUCUCAGUGCCGCCUACUGGAAUACUUCCUGCUUUCAGUCAGGCUGUAAACAUUCAACCAGAAACUACGUCAAGCUGCUGCACCACCUUUUUCAACAGCAAAUAAAUGUAAUGUCUUUCUGACCGUGAUGUGUUGAAAAAGAGGAGACAAAAAAGCUGAUAAGGGAAGGGAAUUAUUCUGCAGCAUCAAAUAAGUAACGACUUUUCAACUUAUUCAUUGUUGACAGACAUGGCCAAUGAAGCUGAGCUCAGGAUGGUGCUUGUUGGGAAAACGAGAGUUGGGAAGAGUGCAGCAGGAAACACCAUCUUAAGGAGAAGAGCUUUUGAAACUAUGAGGCUUCCUGCUGUAGCGGCACCAGUAACUCUGAGGAGAACAGGAGAGUUUUAUGGACAAACACUGGCUUUAGUUGAUACUCCAGGCCUGCUCCAUCCCAAUCAAGAUCAAGAUGAGGUGAAGAGGCACAUCACCAACUGCAUCACAUUUGCUGCUCCGGGUCCACACGUGUUCUUGGUUGUGAUCAAUCCAAACAGAUUCACAGUAGAUGAUAGAAGAAUGAUGAGAACCAUUCGGCAGAUAUUUGGAGAAAACCUAGCACGUUACGCUCUGCUCUUGUUCACCCAUGGAGACGUUCUGGAAGCUCAGGAGCGCUCCAUUGAAGAAAUAAUCCGUGAAAAUCCAUCUCUCCGUUCUAUCAUCCAUCAGUGUCAUGGAGGAUAUCAUGUUUUAAAUAACAAUGAUGGGGAUCUCACUCAGGUCUUAGAGUUGCAGAGGAAGAUACACAUGCUGGUUCAGAGAAAUGGAGGACAAUACUACACUGAUGAGAUGCAAAGAGAGCCCGAUCUGGGAAAUGUUAUGGUCGGUUUCACCAUUGGUGUUCUUGUAAGUCUACUGGGACUGGGAAUAUUUAGAGUGGUGCGGCAGUAGGAAUGUGUUACAACAUUUUAUCAGUACCUUUGAUAUUAAUAUUUGAUAUCAUAGAAAUCCAUACAUGUAGAAUGCAUACUUCAGACCUGUGUCAUAUGUCUGUUUGAACUUUAGGCUUGUUUUACAUUUACAUUAUUAAUUCAUACUUUAACUGUUUAGGGUCAUAGGCUGAGGUCCAUUAUUAACACUAAAUGGUUAAAUGAAUGGACAACAUGAUUUCAGGGAAUAACCAUCUUAUGGAUAUACUAUCUUACAUCAGGCUGGACAUCAUGUUGUUGGGGUUGUUCAGCUUCAGCUUAUUAAUCAUGUAUAGAUUUUAUAAACUGUCAUUUUUUCAGGUUUUUAAUGAAUAAAACUGUUAACAUUUUUUU